AUGCCAGCCUUGAACAACUUCGACCAGGUCCGCAGCAACAUCCGAACACAUGCCCAAGGCAUAUUUUCUACACCCCAUCACGAUCCAAAGGGCGCUGGAUUGACAAAUUGGCGGUCACCCGAGAUACCAAUACGCGCAGACUUUGCGUACCUCGCUCGCUCAUACAUGGAGACAAUACACGAAUCGUAUCCUGCAGUUCACUGGCCCACUUUUCAGCGAGAAGUGGACGAAGUGUACACUUCGAAAACAUUCGAGGGCUGCUCUCGUGAAUGGGUCGGAUUAUUCUUUGCGGUAUUGGCUUGUGGCGCUUUGCAAGCUGAACCGGGGCACACCAACUCUCCUACCUCAGUGUCAAAGGGCCAGGCAAUGUAUGAGACCGCGACUGCUGUUCUCCAGUCCUGGCCGCAUGAUGUCUCAGUUACAUAUGCCCAAGCAGCACUUCUGUUGAGCAUCUACGCUACUGAGUGCAACUUGGGCCCUGCGGGCUCUAUGUGGCUCGCCUCUUCCGCGAGAAUGGCUCAGGAAUUGCAAAUAUGCCCUGAAGUCGAUGUCUGGCCUCUUGUCGACGGUGAGAUCCGACGUAGGCUCUGGUGGUCCAUCUACGUUCGCGAUAGGAUCAUGUCGCUUGAGACAGGCAAGCCUAUGAUCAUCAACGAAAUCGACUGCGAAAUAUCUCUGCCAUCCGCCGUGGACGACCGCUACAUCCAACCGAACAGUUCCUUCCGCUCAGCUAUUGGCAAUCGACGGAAGGUCAACACGGCGUGCGGAAAGCACGUGGUAUUCUUCCUCGAAAGGAUGUUCGACAGAGUGCGUACCGGGCGCGCAAGCAGUCAUCAGCUCGAGCAGGAUGAGGAGAUGAUCGCGUAUGUCAGUGCGGACGCUCAAAGCAGCCUUGAGCAUUCUUGGGUUUGGGCGGGUGAUAAUUUGAUCUCUUCGAGCAUGAAGCCAGACCCGACCCCCAUCGCUACAAGAUCGCCGAGCGGCGAUGAACCGAUGCGGGACGCACUACCAUUGCGCACGUCAUCUGGUUCACCGAUGAACACUACAACUGAACCGGAUGAGUGGAGCAAGGUUGAGCAAAUGGUCAAGCAGCUGAUGGAUGAGCUCCUUCAUCGAUCCACGCAAUCGCCUGCCUACUAUCCUCCACCCCAUAAUCCUGUUAAGCGCGUGCAGUUGGCACCGGAAGCACCACCACCACCAAAGAUGGCGCCAAACCCAAGUCCGACACCGUCAGGCACAAGUCGCAUCAGCAUUGCCAACAUUAUAUGA